AUGACGCAAUAUUUCCGGGUGUAACAGCACGCGCCGGCCCGGAGGUAACUGUCGGUCAUUGCGCUUGGCAGCGAGAGAGACUGAAACACACAAUCCGGCUCUGGAAGGUAAGAGACUAAAAGCCGAUUGCACAUUUUGGAGCUACACAUCGGACACUUCCCUAAUCUUUCUGAACUUUGAUCUGGGAUCCUUAGUUGGACACGGCAACAAACUCGCUCUAUCUCAGGCUUGGCCUGAUCCCUUCAUCUUUCAGUCCCCUUCAGCUUCUCAGCAGAUGUGCGUCUGAACAUGGACCUGAGUACCAUUCUCUUGUUCCCAGUACAUGCAGUAGUAUGGCUCUACUCCCUCUUGAGCUUUCUACCAUGGUACUUCAUGACUGGAGUUCAGAAAAAGAAAGCCCUGGCAAAGAGAGUCAAAUCCAGGUCAACCACCGGUCAGGCUGAAGGGCCGUAUCGUUCCGUGGAUCGCUUCGACUCCCUGGUCACGGAGGACUACGCUGGAAAAGACACGCUUGAUAAGCUGUUUGACUAUGCGGUGGAGCGUUUCGGUAAAGCGGACUGCCUGGGAACCAGAGAAGUUCUGAGCAAAGAAAAUGAGACUCAGCCGAGUGGGAAGGUCUUCAAAAAGUUAAUUCUGGGCGAUUAUAAAUGGUUGUCCUAUGAGGAGAUGGACACUCAGGUCAGUCAGUUUGGGAGCGGACUGGCAGCACUAGGCCAACAGCCAAAAAGCACCAUCGCGAUUUUCUGUGAAACACGGGCAGAGUGGAUGAUCACGGCUCAGGCCUGCUUCAGACGCAAUUUCCCAUUGGUCACCUUUUAUGCAACUCUAGGAGAAGAGGCAGUGGCUUUCGGAUUGAAUGAGUGUGGAGCUACACACCUGGUCACCAGCGUGGAACUGCUGGAAACCAAACUGAAGAAUGUUCUUCCACAAAUCCCCAGUCUGAGGCAGAUCAUCUAUGUGGACAGGAAGAGCAUCAGCACAGCAGGAUAUCCACAGGGCAUCCAGAUCCACAGCAUGCACUCUGUGCAAGAGCUGGGAGCCAAGCCAGAAAACCUGAGCAGACCCAUAGUGAAGCCCGUCCCAUCAGACCUCGCUGUUAUUAUGUACACCAGCGGCUCCACCGGUAGACCUAAAGGGGUGAUGAUCAUUAACAGUAACCUGAUCGGGGGCAUGGCAGGCCAGUGCGAGAGGAUACCUGGAUUGGGACCAAAGGAUACAUAUAUUGCCUAUCUUCCUCUUGCUCAUGUGCUGGAAAUGACGGCUGAGAUCUCGUGUGUGACGUACGGCUGCAGGAUCGGCUAUUCCUCACCACAAACACUGUCUGAUCAGUCAACCAAAAUUAAGAAGGGAAGUAAAGGUGACUGCACCGUGCUGAAACCUUCUCUAAUGGCCGCCGUACCUGAAAUAAUGGACCGGAUCAAUAAGAACGUCAUGAGUAAAGUGCAGGAAAUGAACUGCGUGCAGAGAACCCUGUUCAAACGGGCCUACGACUACAAGCUCGAGCAGAUCAAGAAGGGUUAUGAUGCGCCCCUGUGCAAUAUUUUGUUUAAGAAAGUCAGAGCUCUGCUGGGUGGAAACGUGCGGAUGAUGCUGUCCGGAGGAGCCCCUCUGUCUCCCGCCACUCAGCGCUUCAUGAACAUCUGCUUCUGCUGUCCUGUUGGUCAGGGUUACGGUCUUACUGAGACCUGUGGAGCGGGAACUAUAACUGAGGUUGCUGACUAUAGCACAGGACGAGUUGGAGCUCCUCUGAUCUGCUGUGAGGUCAAACUCAAAGAUUGGGCAGAAGGUGGCUAUACGAAGCAUGACAAGCCUCAUCCACGUGGUGAGAUCCUCAUCGGCGGUCCUAAUGUGACCAUGGGCUACUCCCGGAGUGAAGGCUGUAAUAAUGAGGACUUUUUUGCGGAUGAGAACGGCCAGCGGUGGUUCUGCACUGGUGAUAUAGGAGAGAUGCACCCUGACGGCUGUCUUCAGAUUGUCGAUCGCAAGAAGGACCUUGUGAAACUUCAAGCUGGGGAGUAUGUCUCUUUAGGCAAAGUCGAGUCAGCUCUGAAGAACUGCUCUCUCAUUGACAACAUCUGCGCUUACGCAAACAGUGACCAGAACUAUGUUAUCAGCUUCAUUGUUCCUAAUCAAAAGAACCUGACAGCUCUUGCCAAUCAGAAGGGCAUUGAGGGCACAUGGGAAGAGAUUUGCAACCACCCAGUUAUGGAAAGGGAAGUUCUGAGAGAAAUUAAAGAAGUCGCAACUUCAAUUAAACUCCAGCGCUUUGAGAUACCAGUUAUGGUCCAUCUGAGCCCAGAGCCUUGGACCCCAGAAACGGGCCUGGUGACGGACGCAUUCAAACUGAAGAGGAAAGAACUGAAGAACCACUAUCUCAACGACAUCGAAAGAAUGUAUGGCCACAAGUAGGACGUCUAUCACAGCCAAAGACAUCUUCAUCAGCUCCUUGCCGUACAACAUUGCUGUAUAUCAAUAAAUGUUAAACACCUUUUGCCACAACUGUCACCACUGCCCAUUGCUUAGUGAUGCGCGCACAUUUUCAAAGACGAACCAUGUUGAUAAGCCGUUGGUCUGUGUAUUUUUAUUCCUGAGCUUUUCAUUCAGAGCUCUGUAGUCUCUCUGCUGUGAAAUAGUUUACAAUUAGACCUGUUGAGUAAAGGACGAUAUUUAUCUUAUCCAGCAUAAAGCAUUCACUAAUUUCUCCUUUUUGUAUACAAAAAGAGUCUCUUAUGAAAAGGAUUUCAUCCAUACAACAGCGAUAUACUGCCAUCACCUUGUGCUUUCUUUUUUCGAACGUGUGAAAUUCUAUUGUUUGUAAAAAUGUUCAUUUGUUUGAUUUAAUAGAAUUUGGAAAACACAAACUGCUAGCUGAGGUGAAGUCUUUGCACAGCGGAACUCCGCCUCCUUGUAGACGCAAGUAAUGUAUAGUGAUGUUUCUGUGCCUUCUGAUUGGUUACUAUUUUAAACGUUGAUUCCCUAUUGGCUGCAAAUUAGAAUUUCAUUCCUGUGCUUCAUUCAUGCAGCGCACUAAGAGUUAGUCUUCAUAAUGGUUACAAACCAUGUUUUUUAUAUACGGUACUUGAGAUUUCUUUUUGUUUUGGUUAUGAAAAUGUAUGUAAUGUUUUGAAUACUAAUUGACGCAUUUACUAGUGCUCAUGGAUUGACUCAGGACAGGUUGAGAUGACUGGCAAGUAGUUUAUUGCUCAUUUGACCUGUUUGGUAGACUGAACUUAAAUGAAGGGAAAAAAUUUUUAGGAAUAGUUUUUCCCUCAAGCCAGAGGUAAAGUUUGUAUUAUAUCUGUGUAUCAUCUUUUCACGUCAGAUUUUUUUCAAACCAUUUUACUGUUAACAGUGUCUCGCUUGUCUGUCGCAAAUUCCACUUCUGCAGGCUUUUAAUAUAUUUGGUAAUAUGUCAUUAAACCAGUCCUCAAUACUUAAUGUAUAAA